AUGUCCUACAACAAAGCGGCUGACGACUACACCCCUCCCACUGGAGCCCCGCCCAGCUGGUCCCAGACCCAGCUGAACGGCAACGCCCAACUGGGCUACGUGGCCCAGGCUCAACCCUCCUACGACGCCCAACAACAGACCAGAGGAUAUCCCCAGCAGGGUUACGGCCAACAGCACCAGCAAUACAACUACGGAGGCCCCCAACAGGGCUACGGAGGCCACCAGCAGGGUUACCCCCAGCAGGGCUACGGCGGGGGCCCCCAACAGGGCUACUACCAACAACAACAGCCCAUGUACGUCCAGCAGAAGAAGUCUUCUGGUGGUGGAGAGGGCUGCUUAAUGGGAUGUUUGGCUGCCUUGUGUGUUUGUUGUACUUUGGACAUGCUUUUCUGA